GUAGUCACUGGAGAAGCUGCUCACGGCCUUUCCAAUUUUCAUGGUCAUGUUAGGGGCUUCUUAGUUCAAACGCCAUCAUAUGCGCUCUCGCCACACCGGUGCUCGAUGGGCAAUCAGUCGAUUACUCCGUACUGUAACUACGGAGGCACAGCAAUACUUACGGCUCAAAGAUUCGCCCAUCUGAUAUACAUCUGCAUGCAUGCCAUGUGUGCAUGGGUCACUACCCUGUUCUUCGGCUGCCUUUUAAUCUUGGAGGCAUUGGUUCCAUUGACAGUUGAAACGUUACCAGGUUCGAAGGCCCAAUCGCGAUCCCGUGAGCGAUCACUGCAUCCAUUGUGUUGAUUCCACGAUAAAGUCUCUGGGAAGGCUCUCAAACCUACCAGAAGCCCAGUCUUGCCUCCUAGUGCAUGCUUGUCUACGGAAUCUGGUGUGCCUCAUAUUCAUAGAUGCCUGGGGCUCUGGGGAAGGACUUCGAAACAUGGGUGGACACCAAUAACUUAAUUCCGGGGCAACGGAUCGUCAGUAUGUGCAGUACGGAUGGUGG